AUGGUAACCAUGCUUCUCAGCCUGUUGGCCAUGGCUCUCCGGGCCAUUUCCAGCCCAACGUCGCUCCACGUCGGCACCGGCGGCACCAACAAGAUGGAGAACCUCGUCAGCUUUGGCGACAGCUACACCGACGAAAGCCGCUUCCACUACUUCGUGCAGCACCACGAGGCGCCGCCGGCUGGACAAGUGCUGCCCCCGAGCAACGACACCUGGAGCGGCGGCUACGCAUGGGGGCGGCUCGUCGCCAACGCCACGGGGGCAAACUACUACAACUACGCCGUCGCGGGGGCCAUGUGCACCAACAACGUCGACUCGCGCGACCUGGACGCCAUCAACGGGCCCUUCCCCUCGGUGCUCGAGUACGAGAUCCCGGCCUUUGAGCACGACAUUGGCUACCCCGGCCUGUACCCCAGCAGGAGGCCCGACAACACCGUCUACGCCCUCUGGGUCGGCACAAACGACCUGGGCGUCGACGGCAUCCUGGCAGACAAGCAAAAGGCCGGCACGACCGUCAGCACCUACGCCGACUGCGUCUGGAGCGUGCUCGACCGCAUCCACCGCGCCGGCGGGCGGCAGCUGGUCCUGCUGAACCAGGCGCCUCUGGAGCGGGCGCCCAUGUACGCCACCCCCGGGUCCGGCGGCCUCGGAAACCACCAGUUCUGGGCCAACAAGACGGCCUACAACGCGACCGAGUACGCCAGCAAGAUGCGCGAGUACACCACCAGCGUCAACACCAUGUACGACUACGGCGGCCCCUUCCACCUGCUCGUCAGGCGCCGCUGGCCGGGCGCGUCCCUUUCCGUCCUCGACAUGCACUCGCUCAUCAUGGACGUCGUCGACAGCCCCGGGGAGUACCUCGAUGCCCCGGCCGACGUGGUCGCCCCCUUCCGCACCUGCCUCGACGGCUGUGUCGAUUCGAAAUACCCCCGGUCCAGCUUCAUGUGGUUUGACGAGCUGCAUCCUUCGGAGCGCAUGCAGCAGAUCUUCUCCACCACCUUCAUCGACGUUGUGCAGGGCAAGUCCAAGUAUGCCACGUACUACAGAUGA